UCCGCGAGCUUGCCUGGAGUGUUUUGUGGAGCAUCACAACAUUAUCCAGCCGCCGUGUUGUGAAGGGUACGUCGCCGUUUCUUCGAUGAAGUGUGCAUGAAACCACGUAAUGUCCACCAUGGUGUAUCCGCGUGAAGAAGCCCUGGAGCGCCUGACCCAGGAUGAGAUCGUCCUCAACACGAAGGCCGUCAUGCAGGGCCUGGAGACGCUGCGCGGCGAACACACGCAGCUGCUCAACUCGCUGCUGGACUGCACCCAGCCUCCCGUCGCCCAGGAGAAGUCCGGCCUCCUCCGGAAGAACCUGGAGGACAUUGAGCUGGGCCUGGGAGAAGCGCAGGUUAUCAUCGCUCUGUCGAACCACCUGAGCGCCGUGGAGUCGGAGAAGCAGAAGCUGCGCGCCCAGGUGCGCCGGCUCUGCCAGGAGAACCAGUGGCUGCGGGACGAGCUGGCGGAGACGCAGCACAAGCUGCAGCGCAGCGAGCAGUGCGUGGCCCAGCUGGAGGAGGAGAAGAAGCACCUGGAGUUUAUGAAUCAGAUCAAGAAGAUUGAUGACGACGUUUCCUUGUCGGAGGAGAAGAGCCAGAGCUCCGGGGGCAGCGGAGGCAAGGGAACGGGAGGAGGAGACUCUUCAAAGGACAGCCUGGAUGAUCUGUUCCCCAACGACGAUGACCAGGGAACAGCCCAGCCCAGUGGGGAGACGGCAGCCCAGCAGGGGGGCUACGAGGUCCCGAAUCGUCUCAGGACGCUGCACAACCUGGUGAUCCAGUACGCCUCUCAGGGCAGGUACGAGGUGGCUGUGCCUCUGUGCAAGCAAGCCUUGGAGGAUCUGGAGAAGUCAUCCGGACACGACCACCCGGACGUUGCCACCAUGCUCAACAUCCUGGCCUUGGUGUAUAGGGACCAAAACAAAUACAAGGAAGCUACUCACCUCCUGAACGACGCCUUAUCCAUCAGAGAGAAAACCCUGGGGAAGGACCACCCGGCGGUGGCCGCAACCCUCAACAACCUGGCUGUGCUGUUUGGCAAGAGGGGCAAGUACAAAGAGGCCGAGCCGCUCUGCAAGAGGGCCCUGGGCAUCAGAGAGAAGGUGCUGGGGAAGUCCCAUCCAGACGUAGCAAAGCAGCUCAACAACUUGGCCCUGCUGUGCCUGAACCAGGCCAAGUACGACGAGGUGGAGUACUACUACAAACGGGCCCUGGAGAUCUUCGAGUCCAAACUGGGAGCCGACGACCCCAGCGUGGCCAAGACCAAAAACAACCUGGCCGCUUGCUACCUGAAGCAGGGAAAGUUCAAAGAUGCAGAAGUUCUGUACAAGGAGAUUCUGACCAGAGCACAUGAGAAGGAGUUCGGAUCAGUCAACAAUGACAAUAAGCCCAUCUGGAUGCACGCAGAGGAGAGGGAAGAAAGCAAGAGCAAACAGAAGGAUUCUGGGCCGUACGUGGAGUACGGGAGCUGGUACAAGGCCUGCAAGGUGGACAGUCCAACUGUGAACACAACCCUGAAGAGCUUGGGAGCGUUGUACCGUCGCCAAGGCAAACUGGAGGCAGCCGAAACGCUUGAGGAGUGCGCCAGCAAGACACGCAAACAGGGGAUCGACGCCAUUAACCAGAGCAAGGUGGUGGAGCUGCUGAAGGACGGACCGGGGGGCGGGGGCGACAGGCGGCACAGCAGGGACGGACCGGGGGGACGAGGAGACAACGAGGGCGACGAGUCCGCAGAGUGGAACGGGGACGGUAACGGGUCUCUGCGCCGCAGCGGCUCCUUCGGAAAGAUCCGGGACGCUUUGAGGAGGAGCAGCGAGAUGCUGGUGAAGAAGCUGCAGGGCAGCGGACCUCAGGAACCCCGAAACCCCGGAAUGAAAAGAGCGAGUUCCCUGAACUUCCUGAACAAGAGCGCAGAGGAAACCACGCAGGACGCCAACUCCGGCCUCUCAGACAGCAGGGGACUCAGCGCCAGCAACGUGGACCUGACCAGACGCAGCUCCCUGAUUGGUUAGACACGGCGGCGAGGCGGGGGGACGGAGCAGGAAAGGGCCAUUUACCUCGGUUUGAGCAGCAGCUUUUAUUGGUUUUAUUUUAAGGGACACUGAAAAAAAAAAAAAGAACAAAGAGACAUGGCCACACUUGAUGUCACCACUGCUGCUACCGCUGUACGCACCGCUGCCAUCAACCAGAACGCCGAAUAGCAUCGCACACACACUCACUCACUCACGAGCAUGUUGCUGAACUAGAAAGUGGAAUGUCUGCACCUGAGCGCCUCAUGUUUUCAGCCAGUAGCUCCACGGUUCCUGCCCAGUCUCACCUCUCCUCUGCAGACACAUUCGGAGUUUUCAAGGCGACGUUUGUUUCCGUUCGACGAGACGCUUGCCGGUUUGUAUAUUCCACACGUAGCAUGACGUAAUCACCGGCGACCGUUGCGCCAUCCGAACACAAUCGACCUUUUAGGGAAGCAUAAGCACUAACCAUUUCAACCUCAAACUGUUUGCCUUCGUGGGUUUUUUUUAUUUAUUUUUUUAUGUGUAUGAACGCUUUUAAAUUAUUUGACGUUUCCUUGUGUAUAUAGUUCGAUCUGUUUUUGUUUACAAGUUUAUGGGGUUAAGGAGGGACUUAACUGGAGAAACACUCGUCUGACAGAAGGAGACUGGGAACAAUAUGUGGGGAAAACAAAGGGAAAGUACAGAAAAUCCGAUUUUUGCUCCAUCUUGUCAUCGAAUAAUAAAAACACUCAUAAAUCCAUCAUCUAUUGCUGAAUUUAGCGAUCAGGGUUUCACUCCAAACUGGAGACACGCACUUGAAGCCUGAAGUGAAUGUCUUAGUGAGCAGAAUCAGGGCAGAAAAUCCUUCAUUACUUUGUGGUUUAUUUGCGGAGGAAAUCAAAUGGAAAAGAAAACGCAGUUGAAUAUUUUAUUUAAAAAAUUAAAAAACUCUUCUACUAAUACCAACCAGCUUUUAUUCUGAAGGAAAACGACGCUUUAAGACGUGAUGGAGCUAAUCAGGAGGGGCUUCAGGCCUGAGUGAGUUGGAGUCUCACAGUCACUGGAGAUCUUUAAACAUUCGUACACCAUUUAGUUUUAGAAGCUGUUGUGUGUUUACUGAAAGUAGAACGGUUUUCAGAAACGUUGCCGUCAACCUGGCGAAGAUGUGAAAAAUAAAAACUGCGAAAUGAAUGAUUCUUUUACUGCAGCAGCAUCCUGGUAUCUCAACAGUGCAGAACACCAAACCUCACAGAGUAGUUUUGGUCCAGGUUCUUACAAAAAUAUCUUAGUACGUUCAAAAUAAAACAAAACUAACUUACAAGUAACUUCAGAGCAAGAAAUGGGAGCUUGCUUGAGAUUCCUUAACGUUUAGGGAUCAUUGACUCAAAACAAGCCCCCAUUUCUAUAACUACAGUCGAAAAGUUACUUGAAAGUCAGUUUUCUCUUGAUUCAAACGUACUAAUAUAUUUUCAAAAGACACUCGAGCAAAAAUGGCUGCUAAAAUUAGGUGUUUUAUUGCAAUGCAAGUGUUAGUUUAUGAUGCUGUGUUGUCAACCCGGCUACCCACAGAAGUUGCAUUAGGAAAACAAGCCCACAGCAUGACUCAUAUUCCACCUUACUUUAGCACAGAGCAUGAUGUGCUUGUUUUACUUUGUCACGUUUUGUUUCAGACAAACACUUGUCAAAAUCCACAUGUUUACACAUGUUUACAUUUGUAACAGUAGGACAGGAAAUGCCCUUUUCCAGACUUUUGUCUAACGGUUGCCGUGGAGACCAGUCUUUAACGCUGUUCCCUAAGAGUUUGCAAAUAUAUAUUUUUUUCUUCCUCCGUUUACUGGCAAGAUGCUCUCAUCCAGUCUAGCAGUCACUAAUCGACUUCUGUGUCACGCCAUAUUAAUACCCCCUGGAAACAGGAAGUUAUUUAUCACUAAUUCAUAGUUCCACAUUUUGUAGGCCAACCAAAAAUUACAAAAUAUAUGUAAAUAAUUCCUUGUACUGGUUACUUCUGUCUGUGUGAGAUUACACUGCUGGAGUAAAAGAAAUUAAGUUUUUUGGGUUUUUUUUUUUAGCAUCUUCAUCAGGGAUGGAAAUAAAAUUUUAGCAUUUAUAAAAGUGAUUUGUGUAUAAUUUUGCACCGAUCAACGCUAAGGGGCAUGUUUUCGAUCCUCAUGUGUCUGACAGACAAUAAUCCAUCAUCUGUGAAUUUACUUUAGACUGUUUUUUUUUCUCUUCUUCUUUCAAUGUUGCUACUGUGAGCUUUUAUUUUGAAAGUACACACUACUGGUUAUCUGAAUGUUGCUUUUCAUGACUUUCACUGGAUUGUUGUGCUAAACUGGAACAAAAAAAAACCCCCAAAAACAAUCCACCAAAGCAGAAUGUACAUGAAGUCUGAUAUCAUUUGUAUUUAUGAUAAAUAUCCUAUCAGCUUCUGAAUGUUGGGACUUUUGCAGGAAUUCAGAAA